UAUUCAGGUCGAGAUCAAGUGCUGAUUGGUGUCGUCCCUAGUGUGUGACCUGUGUCCUCCAAUCAAAGUCCAAAGUCUGUGUUCCCUUUGGUCAUAGCCAAUUGUAAGGAGAACAGGUGAGUUAUCUACUGCUAUUAUAUUGUUUUGCUACACUAGUAAAAGUGAAAACAAGUGAGUGGGUCACAACCUUCCUGUAAAAUUGUCUGCUUUCAAUUUUUGUUUCUGAGAAACCAAAAUAAACCUACCAGAAUUUUGCAUAUCAAACUUGAAAGACUUUGUCUGACCCCAUUUCCACAAACCGAGAAGAAAUGUGCGAGUAUUUUUGACAAACUUUGAGCCAGCUCGAGGUGUUUGGAAAUGAGAACAAACACAGUCUUGAGUGUUUGAUAUAUCUUCUCAGUCGCUACUAAAACUGACGAGAAAAUGGAGAAUUACAAUCAUAAAAAUCUAUGGUAAUGAAGAUCAGAUAUCCAAACACCAUCAUGGUCCUGACUUCCUUUGUUUUUUCAAUUUAUGAGUUUGAGAAUUUUCUGUGAAAAGAUGGCAGUUAAUAUGUUUGAAGACCUUGCUAAGGUUUGCUUUUAUUAGUUGUUUUAAAAGUACUAUUUUUGUUAUUGUCUGUUUGUUGAAUACAUAUCAAUCUUUUUUGUGAAGGGACAAUCUAAAGAUUCUGCUGGAAGACCUUAAUAAUCAAAAAAAGAUUCUCAAGGACAAUGGGAUUGAUGUGGAUGACAAACUUUACCAAGUACAAUUUGUUGGUAGGUGUUUAUUCUUAAGCUUUUAUUAUUCAGAGUUGAGACUACUGUCAUGGUUUAUGGUUUAAAUGAUUGGAACCCACAUAUAUUUCUGAUGCACCUGCAAAUCUGUAAAUUUAUGUUCAGGUAUAUACAUGUUGCAGCCAUUAAUAAGAAGGAGCAGAAGGAAAAUAGAAGGGUUUAAGUAAAAAAGAAAAGGGAAGUCUGCUCUGCUAAUAGGAACCUCUUUAGUCUACUAUUCAAGGCCAUUUAUUUGCUAAAUUAUUUGAAAUAAUGAUGUAAGUUUGAUCAUCGUCUCUUUUUCUAGUCAUGUGGAUUAUUUGCUAUUGCCAUGAAUCUAUAGAUGUUUCUUUAACCUAAUAAGUUCAACUUCUCUCCUAAAGUUAUUGUAGACUAA